AAGUACAUCUACAAUCUACAUCGAAAUUAUCGUGACAACUUUGGAAGCCUCCCUCCAUUAUUCAGCGUCCAACUCUGCAAAUCCAGACAAAAUGCAGCCGACAAGGUGGCUCUUGCAACGCCGAUCCGUGUGGAAGGGGCCGAAUAUCGUACCCCUAGCCAUCGUGCGCCCCCAGCCAGGCGAGGAAGCCAAGCCGAUCCGCACCCAGGCCCGUUCCGCUACCAUCCUCCCUAGCUUCGUCGGCCUCAAGUUCCAGAUAUACAACGGCAAGGAGUACCACGACCUCCAGAUCACCGAGGAGAUGGUCGGCUACAAGCUCGGCGAGUUCUCUCCGACGAGAAAACCCUUCAUCUGGUCCCGAAGGUAAAAUAGGAGCAGAAUGGGGGAAAAGAAAAAAAAGCACGACGAAGUGUGGGUGGGCAAAUACCCUGGCGUUCUAGGUAUUUUCAGGGCGUCCUUUACGAGUUUUACCAUCUGCUGUAUAUUACGCAAAUCACCCAACCAAAUUAGAAGAAAGAAAAAAAAUAUAUCUCAAGACACAUUAGACAGCAUUUAUUCGUA